CCGACCCAAACCCUAACCCUCCCCAAAAUCUCCCGAUCUCUCUCCCCGCUCCUCGCUUCGCCGGCCGCGGCGACGAGCAGGCCGCUGCCGCUGCUCCCAUCCAUGGAGGCCGCCGUGCUUGUUCCCCAGCAGGUCGCCAGCCUGGCGCUACCGGCGGCGGAGGCUGCUGCGCCGGGGAGGAGGGCGGCGGGCGCGAGCUCGAUCCCGAGAGGUGCCGGGGCGGCGGCGGCGGCGAGGAGGAAGACGCUGUGCGACAUCACGAACCUGAGGCCGCCGCGGCCGGCUGCAGCGGCCGUGGAGAAGGACGGUGCCGCGGGCGCGGGCGCGGCAGCGGACGGAGGAGUCGCGCAGCUGGUCAAGGAGAAUUCGGAACUUGUGAGGCUCAUCGAGGAGAGGGACAAGAUCAUAGCGUUGAGCGGGGCUGAGCUGCAGAAGCUGCGGCUGGCCAACUGGCAGCUCGCGCAGGCAAAUUCCCAGAUGCUGGCGGAGCUCAACCUUGGAAGGAAUAGGCUAAAAGCAUUGCAACAUGAGCUUGCUUGUUCGAGGGCUAUCAUCAACGCAAAAACAUCGGAAUUGGAGGAGACCAAGAAGUCGAUGAAGCGCAACAGAAACAUGGCAGAGAAGGCUCCUCCAGCAAGCGAGGCGGCGCAACAACAACAGGGUUCUGACAGAGAUGCACAUAUCAAGGAUGGACACAUUGCCAAUCCAGAGCCCGCUUCAGACACAUCGCAUGCGGCGAGUGCCAAGAAACUCAGCAAUGCCAGCAGGAAGCGGAUGCAAAGAUCUCGAUCUCUGGGACCAACAGCAUCAGUGAAACUAGCAAUGCCAAAGGAGAAGGAGAGCGUGCAGAGAAGGAAGUCCAUGAGAACGCCAGUACCACAGUCGACCGAGCAUAGGGAGGAUCUGUUCGAGAUCGAGGACGUCCAGCUCGCCAUUGGCGGCGGCGGCAAGGCUGGGAGCGCUACUGCCUGUGACCCGCCUGAGCAAAUGGCGGCUCAGUUCCCGCGCCGAUCGUCUCUGGGGAGGCCGAUCAGGAGGGCCACGGAGAGGAUCGCCUCCUACAAGGAGAUGCCCGUCAACAUUAAGCUCAGGAGGUCCUAGCCUCCUUGGCAAAAAAAAAAAAAAAAUCUGAUACUUUCG